UUGGCGACGCUGCCAUUGAGCUGCUGAUCGGCCCAGCGGCUGGAGUGUUAGACACAGAGAGAGCCGCAGCUGCAGCACUCGCACUGUCACAAGGAAGAAUGCAACCGUGGAUGGGGUGUCAUCCGAGAAAAAGACAAUAAAGGGAUUUUAGAGGACAUCUCGCAGCUGGCUUCUGCGUGGAAUAAGGAGCACCAUUGCUUACCGUCUCUUUUUCUGCUUGUCUGGUUGCGUUUAAAUGAUCCUGUGCAGGAGGGAUGCUCGGGGCUAAUGUGAAAAGCAGAGAAGUGGAUCUCAAACAGGAACCUGGUCAAGAAGAUACAGCCAAGCCUUUUGGCAAAGGUGAAAGCAAAGGCAUGGCAUCCAAAAGAGGCAAGCCAGGAGGACCGCAGGCUGGCCCGCGGGCAGAGCUCAGGGUUUUUCGAGCUGGCAGCACUGAAGGCCGCUUGCCUGUUUCAUCUAACCUGCGCAAGCAGAAGUCACUCACCAACCUGUCUUUUUUGACUGACACAGAGAAGAAGAUGCACCUCUAUGAGCCCAAGUGGUGUGAUGACAUGAGCAAGCCUGCCAGACCUACCUCAAAGGGGGGCAUGAAGUCUAAGGAGGGCACUGGGCAAGCCAACCUCUCACGUAACCUCUCCAAAUCUGAGCACUCCCUCUUCCAGGGCAAAGGUUCCCCAAAGCCUUUCAGCCCCCUGGCAGCCCCCUCCAAUCUUGGCAAACCCAGCCGCAUCCCAAGAGGUCCUUAUGCAGAGGUGAAACCUAUCAGCAAAGAGCCUGAUGGUGCGGAGGACAGCAAGUCUGAUGAUGAGAUUCUCUCCAGCAAGGCCAAGGCAAAGAAGGCAGCUAUGCCUGUGGCACCUAGUGCCAAAGGUCAGGCUAGUGAGGACAAUAAACCCUACCUGAAGGUUGACCCUGAACUAGUGGUGACAGUCCUUGGAGACCUGGAACAGCUGCUCUUCAGUCAAAUGCUAGAUCCUGAAUCCCAGCGUAAGCGCACUGUACAGAAUGUCCUGGAUUUGAGACAAAACCUGGAGGUUACCAUGUCCAGUCUGAGGGGUUCUCAACUUUCUCAUAGCUGUCUGGAGAACACAGUGUGCUAUGACAGUGAUGACGCCAACCCACGUAGUGUGUCUAGUUUAUCCAACCGGUCAUCCCCCCUCUCCUGGCGCUAUGGCCAAUCCAGUCCUCGACUUCAGGCCGGAGAUGCUCCUUCUUCAGCGGGAGGAUACCAUGGCCAAGGAGCACAGUAUGCAGCCCAUACAAUGCCGAUGCGCAGCUCAAGCCGACUGAGUCACAUAUCCCGCAUUGAACUAAUUGAAAGCUUGGAUUCUGAUGACACUGACCUAAAGUCUGGAUACAUGAGUGACAGUGACCUCCUGGGUAAAAGUUUGCCUGAUGACGAAGAUGAUGAUCUUACUAAUGGCUGGGAUGAAAGCAGUUCAAUCAGCAGUGGCUUAAGUGACGCCUCUGACAACCUUAGUUCAGAAGAAUUCAAUGCCAGCUCCUCCCUCAACUCCUUGCCAACAACUCCAAUUGGGUCUCGCCGCAACUCUGCUAUAGUGCUGCGCACGGAUGCAGAGAAGCGUUCCCUGGUGGAAAGUGGCCUGUCUUGGUAUAGUGAGUCUGAGGCAAAAGGGCACCGUAACACAGAGAGUGGAAGCUACGACACCGGCAGCUUGAAAUCUGAUUCAUCUGGCCGCUGGAGAAAAGUGCAGUCUGAGACAACUGAAGAGUCCUGUAAAACUGAGCUGAAGAAGCCACAGUCUCUUGGCCCACCAAAUGCCUUAAAGAAAGGCAAGAACCCACCUGUUGGGGUGACUUCACCGAUCACGCACACAUCACACAGUGCACUUAAAGUUGCAGGAGGUAAAGGUGACAGUAAAGCUGUUGAUAAAGCAAAGCUGACAGUUAAAGCUACAAGUUUGCAAAGGUCAUGUUCUGAUGCAGGAAAGGACCGAGGGGAAUCCCGAAAACCUCCCUCAGGGAUCAGUCGGCCUUCAGCAGGUGGAUCUUUUGGUUACAAAAAGCAGCCACAAGCUACUGGUACUGCCACUGUAAUGACUGCUGGAGGAACAGCUAUCUCUAGUGGCUCUGCGACAGUUGGAAAGACAACCAAGAUUUCUGGAAUACCUGUUAAACCCUUAGGAGGUACCAGUAGUGGAAGUACCUCUGGUGGUAGGAAAACCAGCCUGGAUGUUUCAAACUGCGCUGAGGGCUUCCUGUCACCGACAGCUCGUACCAAUAUCCAGUAUCGCAGUUUGCCAAGGCCUGCCAAAUCCAGCACUAUGAGUCUCACAGGAAGAAGUAGCAACCGACCUGUCAGUAGCAGCAUUGAUGCCAGCCUUCUAAGUUUCAAACCCAGUACAGGUUCCCCCCGAAUGAAAGAGCUUGGUACUUCCAAAUCCAGUGGACGAGCCAGCCUUGGCCCUGUGAACCAGACAGACCGUGAGAAAGAGAAAGCUAAGGCAAAGGCAGUUGCUUCAGACUCUGAAUGCGGGCCAUUAAAAUCUACGGCAACUACUCCUGAACCCAGUCCCAAAGUUCAGGGCCUUCGACCACCAACAGGAACCAAGUUUUCAGAACUUUCAUCACCCAUUUCUCACAGGGUACUAACCUCAAAAUCUUUGGGUAAGCCUCCUACACUUGCCCAUUUGGAUAAGGUUAACUCCAAUAGCCUGGACUCUGGGAUGAGCAACCAAGAGCAACCCUCUGUUGGACCAGUCUUUAACAAACUUCAGGAUAUCCAGGCAACCACAAGCACUUGUCUGACCCCUAGUCCAGCACCUGUCCUCAAUGUCAAUUCCAGCAGCUGCUUUUCCUCACAAGGAAUUAGUCUAGGGACUUCUCCAUUGAUGUAUCCUAAGCUCUCUGGACUGCAUCGCAGUAUGGAGUCCCUGCCCUUGCAAAUGAGCAUGCCAUCAGCAGCUGGAUACCCUAGUGCUGAACCCAAUACUAAGGACGAAGCACAAAACACUUCAAGCUGGAACUCCAGUGCACGAGCUUCAGUCGGAGACAGCUCCCAAAGAGAUAGAAAUACCCUGCCUAAGAAAGGAUUAAGUCGUUAUAGCCUGUGUUCAUCAGAAGAAGAGAGUAAAGAAAGAAGACAUUCUCAUGCCAUAGGGGCUGUUCCUGAAGCUGAAUGCCCACCACAGCUGUCUUCACCCUCAUCUGUGUCAUUGAGCUCCACCGGAAAGGCGCCCUUCACAAACGUUGUGACUCCUACUGGAACAACAACUCCUCGAAUGACACGCUCAAACAGCAUUCCCACCCAUGAUGCAGCAUUUGAACUAUAUGGUGGGUCUCAAAUGGGAAGCACUCUGUCUCUUGCUGAUCGAUCCAAGGGUAUGAUUCGUUCUGGCUCCUUCCGGGACCCUGCUGAUGAUGUCCAUGGCUCUGUUCUGUCCUUGGCAUCCAGUGCUUCUUCAAACUAUUCCUCGGCUGAGGAAAGGAUACAGGGAGAGCAAAUCCGUAAAUUGAGAAGGGAACUGGAGUCUUCACAAGAAAAGGUGGCCAGCUUGACGAACCAGCUUUCAGCCAAUGCUAACCUAGUAGCUGCAUUUGAGCAAAGUCUAGUCAAUAUGACCUCACGACUCCAGAGUUUAUCUGCCAGUGCAGAACAGAAGGACAGUGAGUUAAAUGAUUUACGGGAGACCAUUGAAAUACUAAAGGCAAAGAAUCUAGAGGCUCAAGCAGUAAUUCAGGGAGCCCUGAAUAACCCUGAUACUACACCUAAAGAGCUGCGCAUAAAACGGCAAAAUUCGUCAGACAGCAUAUCCAGCCUGAAUAGCAUCACAAGCCACUCAAGUAUUGGUAGCUGUAAAGAUGCUGAUGCCAAGAAGAAAAAGAAGAAAAGUUGGUUGCGAAGUUCCUUUAACAAAGCAUUCAGCAUAAAGAAGGGCCCAAAAUCAGCAUCAUCAUAUUCUGAUAUUGAGGAAAUUGCGACGCCUGACUCUUCUGCACCUUCUUCUCCAAAGCUGACUCAUGAAGGGAAUGACAUCAAUCCACCCCUUAAACCACCCUUGUCCCCUGCAUCCUCUGUGAUCCCUGAGGUAAAGGAGGAACCAGAAAAUGAGGAAAAGGUGGUUUCUGAGCUACGUUCAGAACUUUGGGAAAAAGAAAUGAAGCUAACUGAUAUCCGACUAGAGGCACUGAACUCUGCCCAUCAGCUAGAGCAACUACAGGAAGCAAUGGAUAACAUGCAGAUGACUGUAGAAAACCUGAAAGCUGAAAAUGACCAGCUUAAGACUGGGACAAGUUUGGUUCCUAGCCUUGCCUCCACUUCUUCACUGUCACAGCCACAGGGUUUGACUACACUGUUAACUCCAUCACCCUGGCAAUCUAUGUCCCUGCCACUCACGCAGUCCUUCAGCCUUAGUCUCAAUGAAUGUACAGGUAAAGAAUUGUCUCCCAUGGAUGCUGCAAGCCUGUCAUCUCAGAAAGACGAGAAUCGUUUGAGAGUGGUUGUUCGUGUGACUGACCAUCAUGUGUUCAGAGAUGAGGUCAAACAACAAGAGUUCUUUAUUGGCUAUGUGAAGUUCAGCAGCAAAUCAGACUGGAGCUUUCUGGAUUCACUGGUCUGUCAGGUUUUCAGGGAUUACAUUAAAAAGGUAGACCCUGCCUCGACCCUUGGCCUUUCCUCUGAUUCAAUUUACAGUUACAGCAUCAACCAUGGACGAAGGGUACUGGGAGCAGAUGUCCCAGAAAUGAUGCCUUAUCGGUGUAUGGGCAAAGGAACUAGUUUUGUGGCAGUGGUACUGAAAGGUCUUAAGGAGAAGUGUGUGGACAGCCUUGUGUUUGAGACCCUGAUCCCUAAGCCUAUGAUGCAACAUUAUAUAAGCUUGCUGUUGAAACACCGCCGUCUUGUUCUUUCUGGUCCCAGUGGGACAGGUAAAACGUACCUUACCACACGACUGGCGGAGUAUCUGGUGGAAAGAUCAGGCCGCGAUAUAACUGAGGGUAUUGCUGUCACCUACAACAUGCACAAGCAGUCCUGCAAGGAUCUGCAGCUUUAUUUGUCUAACCUGGCCAAUCAGAUUGAUCGGGAAACUAGCACAGGUGAAGUGCCCCUAGUAGUUAUUCUAGAUGACCUUAAUGAUGCUGGAUCUAUCAGUGAGCUGGUCAAUGGAGCUUUGACGUGCAAAUAUCACAAAUGCCCCUACAUCAUUGGAACAACUAAUCAGCCAGUGAAGAUGACGCCCAAUCAUGGUCUUCACCUCAGCUUCAGGAUGGUCACAUUCUCUAAUAAUGUUGAACCAGCCAAUGGUUUCCUGGUCCGAUACUUGCACAGGAAACUUAUUGAGGCAGAGAAUGAAUCCACUGUCAACAAUCAGGAUUUACUUCAGGUCCUCGACUGGGUGCCAAAGCUCUGGUAUCAUCUUCACGCUUUUUUAGAAAAGCAUAGCACUUCAGAUUUUCUCAUUGGUCCUUGCUUCUUCCUGUCCUGCCCAGUUACAGUUGAGGAGUUCAGGACUUGGUUCAUUGACCUAUGGAACCAUUCCAUCAUACCUUACCUUCAGGAAGGAGCCAAAGACGGAAUCAAGGUACAUGGGCAAAAAAAUGCAUGGGAGGAUCCAGUAGAGUGGGUGAGAGGUACUCUUCCAUGGCCUUCUGCUCAGCAGGAUCAAGCCAAACUUUUUCAUCUGCCUCCUCCAAGUGUUGUAGCCGCUGGGCCGUCUGUAGGCACAGGGCUGCAGAGUGAGGAGAGAACCCCUAAAGAGACCACACCUAGCUCCCUGGAGUCUGAUCCACUUAUGGCUAUGCUACUUAAACUGCAAGAGGCAGCCAAUUAUAUUGAAUCUCCUGAAAAAGAGACAGAUCUGAACACAAGCCUCCAGCCAACACUCUGAAUUCUCCUGUGCAAACAAUAGACUAUUUGCCGCUACCAUGGCUAGAGCUGUUAAAGAAACAAAGGAAAAAAAGUACCAGAGUUCCAGGAAUGGUCACAGCCCAGUUUUAACAGUGGAAACACAGACCGCAGACUUCACUUGUACUUUAACUAUUAGAAAGAUUAGAUUCUGCUAUAAAGGAUACACAUGGAUUACAUCUUUAUUAAUUAAGGAAGUGAAUUGACUGUAUUUGUAUUUUUGUUAUUUAAUCUUCAAGUGCAUGGCAAUCAUUGCAGCUGAAUUCAAACGGUUUUUCAGUUAUGUUUUAAUAAACAUGCCUUUUAUGAGAGAUCUGCAAGAAGACAAUACAUCUGUAGAAUCAUAUACCCUGCUGUUGCCCUUUCACAUGGCUGGUGGCCAUGUUACUGUUGCUACAUCUAACUUAUCCUUGCAGUUAACGGGCAAUAAAGCACACGUAGGAAAUACAAGGAAAGGGGGGAAAAAGCACAUUCUGCAUUUAAUGUUACUUUUUGUGCUUAAUCAUUGGCUGAUGGCAAGUUGAGCAGUGUUUCACUGCUGUAAUUAUUCAAACUUCUUGUACUAUUACAAAUUAAGAAGAUGGUACUUUUUAUUCCCAGAUCCAGCAAGAACAAAUUUGUUAAAUAUUAUGUUAUAAAUGGUUCUCUUUAAGUCAGUCCUCAGGUUAACAUCUUCUUAAAUACCAUUCCUUCAGUUUAAGCCGUAUCCUGUCUCUGGGAACUACUGAGGUAUGCAAGCUGGGAGCACUUAACCUAGGACACGUAUGCAAUUUCACUCUAACACAGUAGUUUGAAAAUAUUGAAGCGGUCGGUGCUUUAUAACAAAGCCUUAACUAAUUCACCUUACUUCUGUGAAUGGAGAGCAACUUAAGUAAGUAAUGAUGCUAACAUAUAGCAAUGUUUGAACAUUGUAUUUUAUUCAGUGUCCUGGUAUUAUCAAAGUAAAGGUGGCUACCAGUGGGUGAUGCAGGAUUGGAUUCCUUUUAAAAAAAUUAUUCCUAGUUUCAUGUUCUUUUAAAAAAAUAUGUAUUUUUUUCAAUGAGAUGAAUUGUGACUCACACACACCCAGUUUAUUCCAAAAUAUAUUUAUUCUUGGACAAAGAUUUAAAAGUACAAAACUCCAAAUGAUAUCAGUCUGGGCAUACCCCUCUGAACCUAAAGCCCAUAUUAGCUCAUUGACAGCAGCUUCUCCUUAAUAGCUUUCAAGAAAAAAAUCUGAAAGCAUACAUAGUAAGUAAUUUAAAAGUUUUGGAAGCUAUAAAUGCUAUAUGUGGGGGUGCACCCUGUAUGCAUGUCCAUCCUGACAAAGUAAACAAAAAUUAAUAUUUAUAGUAAGGUUCCAGUUGAAAAUUUGUAAGACCUUUAGCCCUUUAGAGCAAGUCAGAUUGUAAAUUUUAAUAUUAGUUUUCCCAAAUACCGAACCAGAUUGGUGCCUUGUCCAGAGUGGGUUCCUGCCUUGUACAUGAUGUAUUGAGGAUAGACUUUGGUUCCUUAGGACCUUCAGUUAGAUUAAGGAGGUUGAGAAACACUAACAUAUGUUUGUUUUAAAUGUCUAUCCCUAGUAGAGAUUUAA